AUGGCGCAAACAAGUUGUUAUUAUGAUCGCUACGGUGUACGACGAUGCUACCGCCAGUCCGCGUGGAACACCUGGGUGCGCUGGGUCGUCCUCGCGGUCGUCGUAAUCGGAUUCCUGCUCCUUUUCUUCCUCUGCAGCUGCAUCACCGCGCGUCGCAGGAGAAAGGCCGGUCGCACACCCUUCUACGGCACAGGCUGGGCCGCGCGACCUGGGAACAACAACGCGCAGCCCUACUACGGCAACCAGAACCAUAACAGCGCGCCCGCACCACCCUACUCCGCUCCGAAUAACAACAACAACAACAACAACAACAACGACUACUACAACGGCGCAAACCAGGGCUACUACAGCGGCGCAAACCAGGGCUACUACGGCCAGCAGAACGGUGUUGAGCUGCAGAGCCCUCAAGCUACAUAUGGCGGCAACAACCAGUACGCUCCUCCUCCUGGUCCGCCCCCGGGCAAGGACGGCAUUAUCCGAUAA